GCAGCAAUUGCAUUCCUCGCCUUCCUGUCUCCCAUCGUUCAGCCCGUAAAGAUGCCCUGACAUUGCCGAGCUCUGAAUAUUGCCAUUCCUACACAACUGACCACUUCGCAAUCCGGUCUCGUCAGUACAAUCAUGAAGCGUAAACGUUCUCAGACACAUCCAAUCACUCUGCCUUCGGAGGCAUCCACAUACAGUCUGCAUUCCGAGGGACCUUCAAUGACUCUGCCGGACGAGCUUCUAGACAUCAUCGUUCGCCUCGCGUGCAAGAGAUCAGGCGAUGAUCCAGCGUCCCCAGAAACGGACAUCAAGACGAUGCACAGCUUCGCACUGGUAUCGAAGGCGUUCUACAAUCUCGUCAUACCGUUUUUGUACAUACAUGUCAGGCUCACUAAGCCUUCCGACCUCCUACUGUAUGCCCGGACCGUCUCGAUCCAACCCUCACUUGCUUCUUACACAAAGACUUUGUGGAUCGGGCCUGACGCGACUCAUGUCGAAGGCGAAGACUGCUGGCCAUUAAACGACGAGUGCACUGCGAUAAAGUCAUCUAUCACCAAGCCGAUGGACCUGCCUCAUGGCGUUGAAGUCGGCUUCUGGUGGUUCUUUGCCGCAGAAGACUCUGAGGACGAAGUGUGGAUCGAAGGGGCUGCUAGAGACAUCGUACGGAAAGCUUGCAAGACUGAAGGAGAUUCCAAGCUUCGGUACGGAGUAAGUCUGGAAAGCGGAGGAAAGCGCUCUCAUAAUGACAAGAAGCUUGAGCCAAUCGAAGGACAUCUGAGGGUCUACCAGGUCCAACAGCUCUUAGAUGCCUUUCUCCUCGGCGUGCGCAAGAAGCAGGACUCGUGUCACUCUCUCCAACGCAGCUCUAGCACACCCCUCAGAUUGUACAGCCUCUACGAUAGGUUCGAUCAUCCUGUCAUCUACGAUCGCAGUCAAUCUGCGCCUACCCGUGCGAGAAAGGAUUGGGAGAGCCUCCAGCGCGCGGUAGCUUUUGAUGAUUUGGACUACGACGUCUUGAUAAUCGACGGCAGUGACAACACUGAUGCGUGGGAAGUGUCAUCCGAUAGCGAGCAAGAUGAAUGGCUGGAUGACUCUGUGCUCAACAUCUAUGCAAACAACGGCGCAGAAUUCGAUCUCAAUCUGGCCAAGAUAGUCUGCGGAGAAGUAGCCUCAGGAAAGCCAACUUUGGGUGGCCUGAUCCUGCUAGCCCGGAUCAUCUUCGCAAGGUCGGACAAUCUGCUCUGCCUUGCGCUAACAAGCUAUCUACAGAUGGCGGUCUAUGGGCACGACUUUGGCCCGAGGCUGGACCACUUGCACUUGCUCAUGGUAGGGCCUCCUGCACGGCGGUAUCAAGUGCCCAUCAAUCUGAACCAUCAAGACUUAGGCAGUGUCAGACAAUUGCGACUAUGGGGUAAGGUCGAAUUGUGAAGCAGAAAGGUACUGUUACUGAUUGCAUGUUCCCUUCUGCCCGUCAGAAUCAGCACCAAGUGAAGCGGUCUUUCAGACCGUGGAGUCCCGGCAAGCUUUGCCCGCCCUUGAAAAUUUGGAAUGCACUUGGAGUGCUCCAUGGGACAAUUCAUUCGAUCAAGAGUGGGACCAGAUGAGCACUUCGGAGUCCGAGUGAGUGCUGACAGAGCCUUUGUCAUUUUAUUGCUCUGCUAGGCUGACACAGCGGUUCUGUGCUCUCCAGUGCUGCCUCUGCCAGCUUGACCUU